GGGAGAGCUGAAGUGAGGAGAUGGCGGAACAGAAAUCACUUCCUGGGCGGGGCCUUCACACACGUCGCCCCGCCCCCCGGCCGCCUCGGAGCCCAAGUGACAUUUAUGUCAAUACAAAGACUGAUUUCCGGGCCCAGUUGGCUCGGUGCCGCCAGCUUCUCGGUGCCGGGGGCUUGAGGGAAGUUCGGGUGCACGGUUUGGGCCUGGCCAUUGGGCGAGCCAUUAACCUGGCGCUGCAGCUGCAGCUGUCCCACCCCGGCACCCUGCUCCUCUCCCCCAGCACCUCCACCGUGGAACUCACCGACGAUCUAGAACCCGAGGGUGGGGAGGACAUGGAACCCGGAGCCCGGAACCGGAAUAACUCUGCCAUUCAUAUCCGCGUAUAUCGGCCGCAGGGAGAGUGAGGGGCUGCCCGGGGCAAUGGUACUUAUGUUCCCUUGGUAACAGCCCUUAUUGCCAAUGGUGCCAGGGGCAGCGCUGAUUGGCCGAUCCCCCUGUGGCGCCACAUUCUCUCCAUGUUGGGACGUCCCUACUUACCAUUCCAGCAACCGGACCUGCGCCCAAGCUUGUGGCUUCUGUACCAGCCAAUCAGCUGCACCAACGCACACUGAGCAUGUGCAGUGCCCCUGACACAGAGGGGGCGGGGGCUCACAGCCACUGCACAUGCUCAGAGAGACGCUCAGUAAUUCCUGCCUCUUGUGUCAGUCAUCCAUUAAAUCAUUCUGGUCA